AAUUAACUCUAUACGCACACGGUGAGUACAUACUACAUAGUACAGACUAGUCCAGGUCCAGCAGGCAUCUCCUAGUUGCACUUCCCGUCAUUACAACAUCCUGUGUGGGAAUGGGGGAGCUGGAAGCUGAUAAACAUGUUAGAUAUAUUAUGGAGGUUGAAAAGAGGAAGGAUGAUUUUGAGUAUGUUGUGACAGAGCAUCUGCGUAUUAAUGGGGCAUACUGGGGAUUGACGACGAUUGAUAUAUUGGGGAAGUUGGAUGUUGCAGAUAAAGAAGAGGUUGUAUCUUGGGUCAUGAAGUGCCAACAUGAAUCAGGUGGAUUUGGUGGUAAUAUUGGUCAUGAUCCUCAUUUGGUCACUACCCUUAAUGCAGUACAAAUUUUGGCUUUGUUUGACAGUAUCAAUGUACUUGACAUCGAUAAGGUGUCGAACUAUAUUGUUGGUCUUCAAAAUGAAGAUGGGUCCUUUUCAGGGGAUAUAUGGGGAGAGAUUGACACUCGGUUCUCGUAUGUAGCCAUUUGUUGCAUCUCACUGCUGCGUUGUUUGGACAAAAUAAAUGUGGAAAAGGCUGUAAAUUACAUUGUAAGUUGUAAGAAUCUGGAUGGAGGAUUUGGAUGCAUCCCUGGUGCAGAGUCUCAUGCAGGGCAAAUUUUUUGCUGUGUGGGGGCUCUUGCGAUAACUGGUUGUCUGCAUCAUGUUGACAAGGACCUCCUAGGAUGGUGGCUGUGUGAGCGACAAGUCAAAUCUGGUGGUCUAAAUGGUCGUCCUGAGAAGCUUCCUGAUGUCUGCUACUCUUGGUGGGUUCUUUCAAGCUUAACCAUGAUUGACAGAGUGCAUUGGAUUGACAAGGAAAAACUUCUUAGAUUUAUCUUGGAUUGCCAGGAUAAGGAGAAUGGAGGUAUAUCCGAUCGACCAGAUGAUGCUGUUGAUGUCUUCCACACAUAUUUUGGUGUCGCUGGCCUCUCACUGCUUGAAUAUCCAAAACUAAAAGCAAUUGACCCGGCUUAUGCAUUGCCUGUGGAUGUUGUCAAUAGGAUUUUCUUCAAAUAGCAUGGCUUACUUAACGCUAGUAGAUAAUUCUCUCUCAAUUCUACUAACUAGAGCUCCCUUGCUUUUUCUAUAUGGAAAUCACAAACAAUAUAUAAGCAACAAUUUUUUAAGAGGUAGUUCGCUGUGUUGCUGUUAGAGUUACUAGAGCAGCUUUACAUCUUUGUAUCGGAUAUUACCAGUGGUGAAGGGUUCUGAUCAUGUUGGCGCGAUGAAAUGAGCUUUUAAGCCUUUUACAUCAUUGCAUUGUGUUGUCAAUUAGCUGAGGUGAAGGGUAAAUGUUGUGCUUGGCGCGAUGAUCAAGUAUCAGAACCAACUCGGAAUCUUACCUAAUGAGAGAACGUUGUACCCCGGGAACAACCUUAUCAAACAGACAAACGCCACCGGCCUAGUAUUGAAGCUUUUGCACUUGCACAGCGUAUUUCAAGACAAACUAAUGUUCGGUAGACAUUCAUUUUGAAAAUUAAUUUUAAUCAAAUAUUUGUGAUGUAAUUAGGGAUUUGCGAGUACAUAUUUAUCUUCAGGUAUGCUAUUUCUGGAACACUUGCACAUUUU